AUGCAGCCAGCUUCCAGCCCCACACCUACGGUGUCGUCCAGUCCUAUUGCCAGCAUUAACGCUCUCAUCCUGAAGUGGUCUGAGGAUGAGCCCGAGGCAUGGCUGGAAGAAGUGGAAGCCCUUUUCGAGAACUACCCUACCACUGAGAUAGAGAGGGCCGCCCUGCUUGCCAAGCACCUGGAUGGCAAGACUAAGACUGCCCUCCGCUCACUGGAUCAGGGUCAGCGAGGGGACCUGGUGGAAGUUCACCGGGUCAUUACGAAGGCCUAUGAGAUCACCCCGGAGAGGUGGAGGCAGCGUUUUCGAGGUCAGGCCAAGGAAGGCCCGCUGAGAGGUAUUGCACCUCCGGUACCCGUCACAGGUCCAGUCGACCUCAACUCUCAGCCAGUGCCGUCCAGCCUGGACGUAGAGCCACCACCAAACUUGACCUCUGCGCCUGGCCCUGAGCUACCGCCGGCCCCUAACCUAUUCAAGGAUCCUCCUACAGGAGAUCCUCCAACAGGCAUGGAGCUUACCGCAGCCCAUGGCCAAUCACCAGCCCAUAAUUCUUCUUCAGCCUCACCUCUGUCGCCCGAGGAUGAACCUCCGGCAGACCUUACCUUCUCACCUCCUCCGGACAACCAGGAACUGCCGACCAGGAGUCAGUCUGGAGUCUUACCCUUACGACGGCUGUCACAGCAGCCGGAGUGA